AAUGCACGUGUAUCAUAUAAACGUAGUUGGAGGAUUAAAAAUAAAUUGUAUACGAUAUUAACGAAAAUGGGUAUAACGGCAAAGCAAGAGACUCAUCGACCAGGAGUUUUCAAACAAAUUAAUAAAGCACAUAAAACAGGGAGGCACCGAAGUAAAGGUGCUAUUGGCAAUGAGGUUAAAGGGAAAACAAAUAUAAAAGUUAUAUCGAAACAAAUUCAUAAAAAUUUAAGUAGAGAUGCGCGAAGACAUCAGUCUUCGCAAUUCAGAAAAAAGAAGAGAGAAGAAGUUUUAGCGCAAAAACGAAAUCUUGGUGGCACUCACUCUGCUCCUAUUCUGAUAUGCGUAAUAUCGAUUCAAGAAGAUUUGGUAGUAGAGCAGAUUGUUUCAAAAUUCAAAAAUGCAGAUGAUACUAUAAAUGUUCAUACGAGCCCUUGUGGAAUUACUCAUAUAAGUAUACCUAGAUUUAAACAACGUUUUUCAAUUAUCGUUCCUCCCAUUGGUAACAUUUUUGCAACAUUGGAUGCAGUUAAAGUUGCAAAUACUGUUCUUUUUGUUGCUUCUGCUAUCGAUAUAGCAAAUGAGAUUAUUAAAGAAGAAAUUUUAGAUGCAUGGGGUAAUGAAGUAAUGGUGUCUUGUUUGGGACAAGGUUUGCCUACUACUAUUGUUGCUGUUACCAAUUUAGACAAAUUACCUUCCAAGAAACGUCAAGAUUAUAAACAACAUGUAGUACAGACUAUUUCAAAGUGGCUUCCAGAAGAAAAAGUUUUCCAAUUGGAUACACCCAUUGAUUCAUUGAACAUUUUACGUCGGGCAGGUACACAAAAACAAAGAACUGUAUCAUACAAAGCAAAAAGACCAUAUUUGUUAGCUGAAGAUUUAAAAUUUAUAUCUAAUAAGGAUUCAGCUGAUCUUGGAACUCUUAUGGUCACAGGAUAUUUGCAAGGUUUAUCAUUAUCUGCGAAUGGCUUAAUACAUAUCUCUGGCUUAGGAGAUUUUCAAAUGUUACAAAUCGAUGCCGUUGAUGACCCAUAUCCGAUAGAUAAGAAUAAAUCGAAUAAGCGAUCUGGAUCUGUAGAAAUUGAUACGAAAAGUGAUAUUUCAGUCAGAGUACUCGAGCGUGCAGAUUGCAACAAACAGGAAUCACUUGAAAGUGAAAACAUACCAGAUCUAAUGGAUGCGGAACAAACUUGGCCUACCGAAGAAGAAUUAGCACAGGCAGCUGCACGGAAGAAAAAGGUUGUAAAAGUAGUACCAAAAGGCAUGUCUGAAUAUCAAGCAGCUUGGAUUCUUGACGACGAUGCUGAAAAUUUGGAUGAAUAUUCAGAAAAUGAAUCUGAUGAUAAUAUUUCUAUGGAUGGUAUAAAGUCUCAAGCAAAUAGCGAAGCUGACAUGGCAUCCGACGAAGAAGAGUAUGAAACGAUUACAAUAUCAGAGGCGGCACCUGAUGAAAGUAUAUAUGAUCAGGAUAUCGACAUGAUAGAAGAAAAGGAAGCCAUGGAGAAAAUAAAGCAGGCAAAAUUGGACCUUCAAUUUCCCGAUGAAAUGGAUACACCUCAACAUACGUUGGCUAAAAUUAGAUUCCAAAAGUAUCGUGGACUUGAAUCAUUCCGAACAAGUCCUUGGGAUCCGAAGGAAAAUUUACCGUUGGACUAUGGACGCAUAUUUCAAUUUGAAAAUUUUGAUCGAACGCGUAAACGAAUAUUCAAAGAAAGGCAAGAAUUAGAAGGUGCUCUGCCUGGUUGGUACAUUACGCUUCAUAUUGCUAAUGUUAAAAGAGAUCUUUUUACUGCAUUCUGUACAUUAGACAAUCGGCCAUUAAUCGUUUUUGGAUUACUCCCAAACGAACAGAAAAUGUCUCUCCUGAAUAUUGUAUUAAAGCACACUAAUAGUUAUCGACAAGCUAUAAAGUCUAAAGAAAGAUUAGUGUUCCAAUGUGGAUUUCGAAGAUUUUUGGCCUGUCCAAUAUUUAGUCAACAUACAAACGGAUCUAAACAUAAGUAUGAGAGAUUUUUUCAUCCAGAAACGACUCUAGUUGCAAGCAUGUACGCACCAAUUAUCUUCCCACCAUGCCCAGUUUUAUGCUAUAUCGAGCAAAAAAAUGGUAGUUUAGAUCUAGUUGCUACUGGAAGUGUUUUAUCCGCUAAUCCAGAUAGAAUUGUUGUAAAAAGAAUAAUUCUAAGCGGGCACCCUUUUAAAGUACAUAAACAUUCUGCUAUAGUUAGGUUUAUGUUUUUCCAUCGCGAAGAUAUCAACUGGUUUAAACCUGUCAGACUCAGAACGAAAUACGGACGCAGAGGUCACAUUAAAGAACCUCUAGGUACGCACGGUCAUAUGAAAUGUAUAUUUAAUGGACAAUUGAAAUCUCAAGACACUGUAUUGAUGAAUCUAUAUAAGCGAGUAUUUCCGAAGUGGACCUACGAACCAUUACUCUUAACUGAAGUAUCCGAAAAAGAAGACAAUAUGAACAUAGAUUAAUGAUGAAAAUUUCACCUAGAUAAUUAUCAUAUAACUUAAGUUGAUUCAGUAAGAGAAAAUCUACAAAUUAUCUGAUUUAUUUUCAUUUUAGUUAUACUUAUUAUAUAUAAAUAUUGAUAUGUAGUAAUAUUUAUUAUAUAGUAUCCAUUCGGAUAAAAAUUAGUAGAGAUUUUACUCGAAUGCGAGCAAGAAUCGAUUAAAGAUUCGUAAAGUCAGAACUUUUACGAAUUGAAACAAUUUUCUGCUAUGCUUGUUCCCAGAGUACUUGCAUGAUAUUAAAGUUAGUAUCGUUUUUUA